AUGGCGGCUCGCAAAGAAAAACCGAGAAGCUUCCAACACUUGCUGAACAUGCACAUGUCACAAGUAGAUACUUUCCGCCAGCCCAACGCCGGCCAACACAUCGCCAUACAGACAAAAAGACACUGGAUGUUUGAACCGGUCAAGUACGAGAAGAAGAGGCUUGCCCUCGUCGGCAAACCAGACUUUGCAGUCUGGUAUGGCAAUGUCAACGACACGGCGGUAAACAUCGCUGUUGUCGAAGCAAAGUCGGUUGAUUCUGCUGGUAAAGGAGUUCCCUGA